GCGGGCCUUUAACCUGUGACUAGCCUAGCCCUUUUUGCAGCGAUUCCUCUUUCUUUAGGCUGAAUUAAUCAAUGCUGUGUCACUCUUAUGGCUAUUUAACUUGUUGUUAAAUUGUCUUAUAAAUAACGCGUGGAUAUGUUAGAGUUUAAUCUGGCAUCUGCAAGGUUUAAACCCCUCUCUUCAGCUGCUAGCUAGCUCGGUUAGCUUGCCAUGCUAGCUUGUUGACAACAACAACAUUCCUGCUCGGAUUAUCAACUCCGAUAAGAGAGAGAGAGAGGAGGGAGUUAAAAGAAGAGAAACGACACCAUGUCUAUUCAGUAUGAGGAGCCCACGUUAGCGGGCAGUUACGGUGUGGUGGGCUCGUUUCCUAAAAGUUUUGGUUACGGGGUUGAAGAGGAGGAAGAGGAGGAGGACGACAUGGAUGAGAGCUCAGCAUCAGCAGACAAGCCCAGGAUCCUGCUGAUGGGUCUGAGGAGGAGCGGAAAGUCCUCCAUCCAGAAGGUGGUUUUCCACAAAAUGUCACCAAACGAGACUUUGUUCCUCGAGAGCACCAACAAAAUCUACAAGGACGACAUUUCCAGCAGCUCCUUUGUCAACUUCCAGAUCUGGGACUUUCCUGGCCAGGUGGACUUUUUCGACCCUGCAUUCGACAGCGAGAUGAUCUUCAAGGGAGCCGGGGCCUUGAUCUUUGUCAUUGACGCUCAGGAUGAUUACGUGGAAGCUCUCGUACGGCUACAUCUAACCGUAUCCAGAGCCUACAAAGUGAAUCCAGACAUCAACUUUGAAGUGUUCAUCCAUAAAGUAGACGGUCUGUCAGAUGAUCACAAAAUAGAAACACAGAGAGACAUUCAUCAGAGGGCCAACGAUGACCUGGCGGAUGCCAGCCUGGAGAAAGUUCACCUCAGUUUCUACUUGACCAGCAUCUACGACCACUCCAUAUUCGAGGCCUUCAGUAAAGUCGUCCAGAAGCUCAUUCCUCAGCUGCCGACUCUGGAGAACCUUUUGAACAUUUUCAUAUCUCACUCUGGGAUUGAGAAAGCCUUCCUGUUUGAUGUUGUCAGCAAGAUUUACAUCGCCACAGACAGCUCUCCUGUGGACAUGCAGUCCUACGAACUCUGCUGUGAUAUGAUAGAUGUCGUCAUCGAUGUCUCCUGCAUUUACGGGCUAAUGGAGGAUGGCAGCGGCUGUGCGUAUGACAAGGAGUCUUUGGCUAUCAUCAAACUGAACAACACUACAGUGCUUUAUUUGAAAGAGGUCACAAAGUUCCUCGCACUCGUCUGCAUCCUCAGAGAAGAGAGCUUCGAGAGGAAAGGUUUGAUAGAAUACAACUUUCACUGUUUCCGUAAAGCCAUACACGAAGUGUUUGAAGUUGGCACCUCGACACUGGGCGACGUCCAGAAUCCAGCGAGCUCGUCCAGCAACAGCCUGACGGGCUUGAAAUACGCCGCACUCAACGGAAGCGCCCUUUAAGAUGGGGGGGGGGGGGAGAAGACGACGACGACGUGACUUUACUGUAAUUCUUUGGUUUACCUGAAGUGCGGUGAGGGGUGGAGAAAUCAUAUAUCGAGGAAGCACUUGAACACACGUUGCCUUGUUUUGUGCAACUGAAUGUGAAUCAGUUAGAGAAGCUGAGCCGCAGUUGAUGAACCGAGCUCAGAUUAUAGACCUUAAUUUUGACAGUUUUCAGGGAGGAUGAGAGGUGAUCUGAUCUACCUGCUUCUCUUGUAACAAAGAGAAGAAUUAUGUUUGUCAAACUUGUCUGGAUUUAUACUCUUAGAGGUGACACAUGCCAAAAAUAACUAAAUCAUGUACGUAUGUUUUUCCUGCACAAUUAUCAGUAUGUCAGCCAUGUUUACCUUCUUCUCGGCCAGUUAACUCUGUGUACUCUACAUUAUACAAAUACAGUUAAAGCACAACGUACAAUGUAAAAACGCUUCAUUGACUCAACUAGUAACUUGAGUUUGAUGCUUGUUUGCACCAGGUACGCUACGACAGCUACGACAGCUACGACAGAACAAACUUUUUAUGUUCCUGCUCAUUUUACCGUGAAAUAUAGUGAGCUGUAAGUGGGUUUAAUCCCCAAUAUGAAAAAAAAGAAAAGAAAGUCCUGUGGAGCGUAGUGUUUGUUCUUCAGUGUGUUUUCUGUUGAUAAUGACUCAUGCGACCAGUGCUCUGCUCAGGAUCUCCUCAGACCAGGACUGUGCCAGCUCCACCAUUAGAGCCUCGGUUGAUUAACAGAGGAGGUGACGGCAUUUUCAUCUUAAUGGAGUCUGGAAUAACUGAUUAUGCUUUUCGCUCGGCCGACACGCCACGCCUGCUGACAGCUGAGUUUUUGUAGCUUGAUGAACAUUUUGGCCAAAUUUACCACACAGAGAUUCAGUUUGUAGCAGCUGUGUUUGCUUUUCUGUACAACUUGAUUAAUAUCUCAGAGACCAUGAGGAUUUGUUUUUACGACUGUAUAAAGUUCUUUAAUAAAAUAAGUUUCUA